AUGAAAACCAAACCAACCACAAACCUGGCAGACAACAAAGUAAUGGAGACCAACAUUGAACCAGACUGGGAUAACUCCAAACCCAGAAAGGGAUGGGGACAAGGCAUAACCCACUCAAAACGUUCUAACCCCUUUGCCAACUUCAACCCAGCCACGGGAGGAUUCACCAAUGCCAACCCUAACACAUCAACCACCUCAAACCCCAACAAUCUAAUCCUUAACCAAAUUCUCAAGAAGCUGGAACAACUCAACAAUAUCAACACCCAGCUGAGCAGGCUCAAAGGUACAAAACCGCAGGCUAAACCUGCACACACAAGCCAGCCAGCUGCCACCCCCAGGCCCAAGCCCACUCAAAACACAAGCAACCCCACAAACGUCAGCUGGGCCAAUGUUGCAGCCAAGGCUAACACCAAAGCUCCAGAAGUCAAAGCUUCUAACAUUGCGGCUGCCAUCAAGAGGGAUAUCUUGAAGCCCUCACCCACACAGAGCAACAACAGGAAUUUUGUUGUUUGCUUUAAAACCUUACCUGUCACCCAACCAAACCCCAAAAGCAUCUUUGUGUCCAUGCAAGAAUGCCUUGAUGCCGCUAACAGAACGCUCAGCAAAGGCAGACUCACCCAAGUCCGCUGGACACUCAAGGCAAGUCUCCAUCUCUCAUUCUCCAAUUCUGCUUCCAUUACAGCAAUCAAAAACACCAUACCGCUACUCAUGGACAAACUCAAGAUGCCUGAGUACAAGUUUGGCCCCAAAGUCCCUUGGAGCUGUUUGGUAGUCACCAACGUCCCCACUGGGAUGGGAGGGCCUGCGCAACGCAUGCGCAACCGUGACAAACUUACACAGCUGCUACGGGACUUGUUCCCCAAGGAAGCCAAAUUUGGCAACCUCAAAAUAACCCUUGCACCAGAUUGGCUUGCAGACCCCGCGCAUCUCCAAGCUGAGGGAUGUCAGGCCUCUACAGUGUCAUUUGCAUUUGAGGACACAGGGGGCAUCACCUCAAGCCGCCUACUCACUAAUCCACAACUAUUCAUCUACGGACAACAAUGCAAAAUCAAGAAGUUCAACCCCAAACCUCUACUACAAAAACCCCAGUGCCACAAAUGCGGACGCAAUAACCACUUGACCAAAGAACAUAACGCUGAUAACUGUCCCCAAAGCAUCCAAGACAGCAAGGGCAACCCAUGCAAAUGUGAUACUGCAUGUCAUGCGGCCUACACGGUCACCAAUUUAACACCCCCAAGUGCCCCAAGAUGUUGGAGUUCCGCCGCCCUAUCACGCAAAUCAUUGCAAGCCGGUCAACAGGUGUUAAUGCCUGAACACCACAUACUCCAACUUAAUGUUGCGGGGUGCAACCCAAGAAUGCACGCACUCCUCAACAAACCGCUGUAUGAGUAUUUUGAUAUAUUUAUUCUCCAAGAUAUUUGGUGGGGCCGUAUUGGCUCCCAAAAAGACACUAACCCCAAUAAACAGAAUAUUUAUGGCACUGUUGCCUCUACUAACUUCUUAUGUAUCAUUCCCCCAGGUUUCAACUCUGUCAAGGGGCCAGGGGUAGCCAUAUAUAUACGCAACAACCACAACAUUCACCCUCAAUUCUCCAACAUCUCACCCAUCCAUAAAGACAUACUAGCGGUGGACCUCAAACUACACAACUCUCUGGUAACCAUCAUCAACUGCUACCCCCACGGCAAGAGCCUCAAAGACACAGUAGACGCCAUCACCAACAUCAACAUCCCCAUGGACAGACCAUGCAUAAUGGCCAGGGACUUCAACCUACACCACCCCAAGUGGGCCCUUGCAGGCUCCAAGUGGGAACAACACCGGCCCAAUGCCCAAGAAAGGAUGUUUAAGGCUUACACUGAGUACCAGGACCUACACGUCCUCAACCACUUAUCCCUUCCCACCCACAUUGUCCCCAAAUCUCCUACCUCCAAUGCCAUAAUAGAUCUUACACUCCUUAACAGCCAAGCUGUGGACGCGUGGCCAAACCUCAAUUGGGAGGUAGAAGCCCAGUCCUCCAGCAAGUCCUUAGGGUCAGAUCAUAUGGCCAUCACAUGGACCAUAGGCCCACACAAUCAAGCCAAGUCUGUUGGGGUCAUGGAACCGUCCCCCAGACACCUUAUAGAUACCAGCCGCCAAAAGAAGUGGACCCAAGAAUACAUGCGGCAAGUCCAGAAGAACCCCCCCCUACAGAUCCCUUGGUAG